UGUAUAAGAGAUAUAUUUGAGUUGAGUCUUACUGGAGUUGGAGUGUGUGUGCUGUCCAGGCGAGACGAGAGUGUCCACUGAGGAAGAAAUAAGAAUGGAAGAGAUGGGCUUGGGAAAAGUUUACGAUUGUCAGGGCUGUGUGACUGAUGGACUCAGGCUCAUAUUGAGGACUCACCAUGUGCCGGGCACUGGUCUAAAAACUCUUGAUAUACAUCUUAAUGGAUCCUCAUACUGCCAUGAGGUUAAAAAUACUAUCCUCAUGAACAGAUGAAACAAGGAAGCUUUCAGUGGUUUCAUAAACAGAUAGAUGGUGUGCAGUUUGUAAGCUGCAGAGGCAGGAUUCAAUUCCUGGUCUGUUUCACUCAAAAGCCUUGAUCUUAACCACCAUGCAGGACUGCCUCCCCGUAGCUGGGAUUGGGGAGGUGGAGGGGUCUAGGAUCACUUUCAGGUUUCUUGCAUAGGUAACCGGGGAAACUGAGGUAGACAACACAGGAAGAGAAACAAGUUGUGGGGAGGAUGGAUUCCAUUUUGGACUGUAGUUUGUGCUGUCAGAAAGUGCCAGUUUAGGGGGCUCUACAUGAGGAACACCAAUCUGUCUCUCUGCGGCCUUACUCCCUCCUCCUGAGCUAUACUGAGGGCGUUGGAGCACUCAGCUUUCUGUGUUCUGACUCCCCUUUUCUGCUGUCCAGCAAAGGUAAAAAGGCUCUCCUAAGAGGAGGCCCCAAAUCUGGAAGACACCUUGCAGACUAACAAGGCUGAGUGACCUGUGGAAGUCAAGGGCGAGGGCUAGCAGUUUCCAGGGAGCUAGUUCUUUGAUUCUGAUGAAAGGGAAGAUGUUGAUGAAAAAGAUAAGAGUGUGGCCCUUUCCCCAGCAUGGCAAACCACUCAGAGAUCAACCAACAGUACGAAACGGAUCAUGCCAGGCUCUGGCAUCCACAGCUUUUCAUGUUCAGGUUAUGCUUUCAAAUCCAAACUGCCAAGUUUGAGGCUUCAGAGUCAGCAUGCAGAGAUUUCCAGUAGUGCUCAAACUCUGACAGGGCCUGAGGUCACAGGUGAGGGCCGUGGGUGUGACAGGAGUAAGGCUGAUAGGGACUGUGGGGAGUCCACAUGGAGGUCUUUGAUUCUCAGCCCAGCACUUUGGUGGGAGGCCCCUGAGUACAUGCCCUCCUGGGCUCCCGUGAGUGGGAUGACAAAGUGGCGAACGCUCUGUUCUCUGAGGGUCAGGAAUAAGAAGCACUUUGUUCCUCAGAAACAUAACAGUGCUUUCCUACUCACCUUGCCACGAGAGCACAGGCUAUGGAACAGAGAAAACAUCAAAGAAAGCCCAGGCACUUAGGAACUUUUGGCAAGGAGAUUGGAAGUAAGUGUUCCAAUGACACUGUAGAGGAGGAAACCAGAUAGUAAUGCCUCUUUCCUCCCACCCAUCCAACCCUCUUAGCACAGGGGCUCAUCAAACUCGGGGACAUUCCCUCCUCCCAGACUGAUUUUUACCUAGAAACCUUUCUAGCCUCUCCUCAUCUCUUGACUGUCUUGGCCUUGGCAAGAAGAAUACACGUCCCUAUCCAGCUAUCUUCAGCUCCUGUCCUUCCUCCCAGCUGCCAGAGAAUUGUCAGGUCAGCCUGCUCCUUCUUUCUUCUCUGCAUUUUUUACUAGCAGGAGUGCCAGGGGCCCAAGGACAAUUGGGAAGAGUCUCUCACCCAAGGACCAGUUAGAGCUCUUAUUCUGCAAAUGUAGCUCACAGACUCUGCAGAGGCUGAGAUUCUGUGGUGGACCAGGGGAGGAGGGGUGGCUGAAGGUGGCUGGUUGUCUGGGUGGCCUUGGGCAAGCAUCUUCUCUUUCUGGGUCAUGAGAACUUGGUUAUGGGUGAGAUGAUCUCUAAAGUACUGUUGGGUUGGGAAUGCUGGAGGCUCUGGGAUGUGGCAGACAGCCACUUCAGGCCCACUGCUGCCCCCAACCACCUUAACUCUACCAGCAGGAAGAAUGGCACCAGCUGUGACCCGGCUCCUUUUCCUCCAGCUUGUUCUAGGGCCAACUCUGGUCAUGGACAUCAAGAUGCAGAUUGGCAGCAGGAACUUCUAUACCUUAAGCAUUGACUAUCCCAGGGUUAACUACCCAAAGGGUUUCCGGGGCUAUUGUAAUGGUCUGAUGUCCUAUAUGCGGGGCAAGAUGCAAAAUUCAGAUUGCCCAAAGAUCCAUUAUGUGAUACAUGCCCCUUGGAAGGCCAUCCAGAAGUUCUGCAAGUAUAGUGACAGCUUCUGUGAGAAUUACAAUGAAUACUGCACACUCACCCAGGAUUCCCUCCCCAUCACGGUCUGCUCCCUGAGCCACCAACAGCCACCCACUAGCUGCUACUAUAAUAGCACCCUAACCAACCAGAAGCUCUACCUACUCUGCUCCCGCAAGUAUGAAGCUGAUCCAAUAGGUAUCGCUGGUCUCUAUUCGGGAAUUUAAUUCCUGAGCCACUCCCCAACCUCUACCACCACAGGCCAGCUGUCUCCAUUUCCAACACUCUGAUCCCUGUAACAAGA